GUCAAAAUGACUACACCGCGCUUAAUAUUGUUCGCUGUUUUAUUUUAUAUUUUUGUAGAUUUAUCUAAAUCGGACGAAACAUGCUUAGGAAGCGAUCGCUAUAAAUCGUUUAAUAAAAUUGGUAAUAACUAUUACCUUAUUCAUCAUUCCAAUAAGAUCAAUUGGUUCAAUGCACGUGAUACAUGCAAGAGAAUGGGAGCUGAUUUAGCUACAAUAACGGAUGAUAAUCAACUUACUUUACUAUCAAAACAUUUAAUGUCUUUAGGCUAUGGAAAAGAUGAUUGGUUUUGGAUAGCUGGCAAUGAUUUAGGUCAAGAAGGAAAUUUCUACUGGGUUAGUAAUGGUGAAAGAAUGACAUUUGCGAAAUGGUCUCAAGGUCAACCUGAUAAUGAUCAUAACAAUAAAGUUGAAGACUGUGUACACUUGUGGUUCCGUGAAGGACAAUUUAAAAUGAAUGACUGGCAGUGUAAGAACGGAAAAGCCUAUUAUAUAUGUCAAGCACCUCAACCUAAAACCGUUUGCAUAUGGGGAUAAUUUCAAAUUGUUAUAAAAAGCAUGCAAAUAAAAAUAUGAUGAAAUAUUAGAUUAUUAUGUCAUUAAA